GGCCACGAGGCCGUCGUCAAGCUACUGUUCGGCACAGGCAAGGUCGAUGUCGACGCGAAAGAUAGUAUCGGGCGGACACCGCUGUCAUGGGCCGCCGGGAACGGCCAUGAGGCCGUCGUCAAGCUACUGCUCGGCACAGGCAAGGUCGAUGCCGACGCGAAAGAUAGUAUCAGCGGCCGGACGCCACUGUCAUGGGCCGCCCAGAACGGCCAUGAGGCCGUAGUCAAGCUACUGCUCGGUACAGGCAAGGUCGAUGCCGACGCGAAAGAUGGUAUCGACGGCCAGACGCCGCUCUCAUGGGCCGCCGAGAACGGCCACGAGGCCGUCGUCAAGCUGCUG